CGCUGAAGUGCUGGAGAUUGGCUUCCUCUGACAACGGUUAAUUCCCCUCGCUGAGCUCAGAGACGCAGAGGAUCCUGGACGGGAUGAACAACAGAGGGGCUUUCAUGAAUGUGAAUUUCACAGAAUCGGACUCACCGUCUUCAUCGGGAGACAGUCAGACCUCCACCUACUCCGAGCUGAACUUUCGGAAAGACGAACGCCUCAUCGAUGAGGGUGAGGAUCCUCCCAUUGCCUCGGGACCCGGCGAGCUGCGAGUCACUGCACAGACAGAUGGUCUGACCUCCCCCUACUCAGAGCUGAACUUUCGGAAAGACGAUCCCCUCACCGAUGAGGACGAGGAUCCUCCCAUUGCUUCGAGACCCAGAAGGAUGCUAACCGCUGCUCAAACAGCUGCUCAAGAGAAGGAGUCGAAAGUGAAGAUCGGAAAUAGACCGCACCGUCUGAUCUGCCUUCUCUGCCUAGUUACGUCAGUCCUCAUGGUGAUAGUGGCCGGUCUCUCGAUCCAUGUAUCACAGAAUCGUCACUCUAAGGAAACCUGUAACCGAAACUACUAUGAGUUAAACUCAACCCUUCAAUCGAAGCUUUCUGAGCUCAACUCCAAUCUGUCCGAUAUAAAACGAAGGCACAGCGAUCUCCGUCACCAGUUCACUGAGAUGGAAACGAAGUACAGAUCUGUCAAUGAAACAAACGCUCAAAUCUCGGAAGCUGAUGUAUCGUCCCUGGUACCUGACAUCAGGAUACUCUCUGAGCCCCGGGUCCAGAGAGAUGGAAACGGACUGAAGUCCACCUACUCGGAGCUGAACUUUCGGAAAGACAAUCCACUCAUCGAUGAGGAUGAGUAUCCUCCCAUCGCCUCCGAUCUCGGCGUGUUGCCAGUUGCAACACAAGCAGUUUGUUGCUCCCCAGACUCGGUGGAAAAAGCCAGCUUGCAUUCUAUACGCAUUGUCACGUACCCCCUAAUCGAGAUCCAACUGCAAGAGAUAACUAUCUUCACUGUUUACCACGCAACAAAAAUUUCUGUCAUAUGUAAGCUGACCAACCGCGUGCUGAUGAAAUGGUCGAUAUAG